GUCGUCCCAUUUCCCUUCGCCGCUGCUGCCAUUCCAUUUGCCAAGAAAUAAAACCGAUAACCCUCCCAAUAAACAAAACCUCAACUCUCUCUCUCUUUUUGUUCCUUCUUUUUCCUCUCUGCUCUUUCUAAAGUGUAGCAGAUUUUACCUAUCGACGCCACUUGUUCUUUUUCCUUCUUUUAUCAUUCGCUUAUUCAUUCAACUUUCAGUUGUUUUUCUUUUUCGUCUCCUGGGGCUGGGAGGAGGGAAAGGGAAAGGGAAAGGGAAACGGAUCAGACGGCUGCGAUCUUCUCGUCCAGUUCCAUCGUACGGUUAGGGCUCUCAUCUCUCUCUCUGUCAGUCGUCAGCUCUUCUCCCCACUGAGCAAGUUUUAUAUCUGGAACACUAAGAGCCUAUGGAACCUAAUGGUCAUAGGAGAGUGAGGGGAAGGGAUCAUCUUGUUCAAGAAAAUGGAGAUACUGGUUUAUCAUGUUCCGUUGAUGAACUGGAUCCAUGGACUGCAUGGGCAUACAAGCCUCGUACUAUUUCAUUAUUAUUUAUUGGUGCAUGCUUUCUUAUUUGGGCAAGUGGAGCCCUUGAUCCUGAGAGCAGCGAGUCUGGUGAUCUUGUAACCUCUGUAAAAAGGGGUGUAUGGGCAAUGAUUGCAGUUUUUCUUGCUUAUUGCUUGCUGCAGGCUCCAUCUACCAUCCUUAUUCGGCCGCAUCCAGCAAUUUGGCGUUUAGUUCACGGAAUGGCUGUUGUUUACCUUGUCGCACUCACAUUUUUGCUUUUUCAGAAGCGCGAUGAUGCUAGGCAAUUUAUGAAGUUUCUUCAUCCCGACCUUGGUGUUGAGCUUCCAGAAAGAUCCUAUGGUGCUGAUUGUCGCAUUUAUAUUCCUGAAAAUCCCUCUAGCAGGUUUAAGAAUGUUUAUGAAACGCUAUUUGAUGAAUUUGUUCUAGCCCACAUCUUUGGUUGGUGGGGCAAGGCCAUUUUAAUCCGCAAUCAGCCGCUUCUCUGGGUCCUCUCAAUUGGAUUUGAGUUGAUGGAGUUUACCUUCCGACACAUGCUACCAAACUUUAAUGAGUGCUGGUGGGACAGCAUUAUUCUCGAUAUUUUAACGUGUAAUUGGUUUGGUAUUUGGGCUGGAAUGCAUACUGUUAGGUACUUUGAUGGGAGAACUUAUGAGUGGGUUGGUAUAAGUCGCCAGCCGAACAUCAUUGGCAAAGUUAAACGGACAUUAGGACAAUUUACACCAGCACAGUGGGACAAAGAUGAAUGGCACCCCCUGCUUGGUCCAUGGCGUUUCAUUCAAGUUCUCAGCCUUUGCAUUGUUUUCUUGACAGUAGAACUUAAUACAUUCUUUCUAAAGUUUUGUCUCUGGAUUCCUCCUCGAAACCCGGUGAUUGUGUAUAGGUUGAUCUUGUGGUGGCUAAUAGCAAUACCAACAAUUCGUGAGUAUAAUUCAUACCUUCAAGACCGAAAACCAGUGAAAAAGGUUGGAGCAUUUUGUUGGCUUUCCCUUGCAAUUUGCAUUGUUGAGCUUCUUAUUUGCAUCAAGUUUGGACACGGUUUAUAUCCUAAGCCAAUGCCAAAAUGGUUGGUAAUUUUCUGGUUGUCUAUUGGAGUGGCUCUCGUUUUAUUCCUUCUCAUUUGGUCUUGGAAACUGCAUCAGAGUUACAGCAAGAAGAGACGAUAAUUUUGGCAAUUCGGUACAAUAUUCUUUGUUUACUUACCAUCAAUGUGGGUAUCUGUCAAUGGCUGUAAAUACUUAUCACUUCAUAAAUUGUAAAUGCUUAUUCUUAGGAUAGUGGAUCACAGAUUCAAGUCCAAGAUAUUUAUUCUUUGUUCUUAGGUAGUGAGAAAUGCUUCUAAUGUCAAGCUUGCAAGUUCACAGUUUGCCGCCAGUUACCAAUGUGGCAAAAUUUUCCGAACUUGUCUGAGUAUGAACUGUUUUAGAUAUAGGAGCUUUCCAUGCUGUAUGUCUCAUUUUUCAGAUGCAAUUUAUUUGAUUGGAUUUGGCUACCACUUCACUCUUAGAAAAAAAAUAAAAGAAAUCUUUUUAUA